AUGUGUGUGGAAAGCGCGAAAAUGGAUUGUGGUAAUCAAGCGAAUGAAUGGAAACCAUGCAUUGAGAGGAAAAUAGCUGACCAAGUUUUCGGAGCGUGCUGUGACCGGUCUGCGCCACCGGAAUGCCGCGGUUUAUGUAUCUACGAAAGUAAUCCUAUUGAAGCACGAGUUAUUUUAAUGCAUGCAAUCCAACCAUCCCGAUGUCGUUUGUAUAAAUAUCUGAGUUCAAUAAUUCACUGUGCCGCUCAAACGCAUGAUAAUACAGCCUGCUGUCGAGAUAUGGGUGUUCAUGAAAUCGGCCCGCAAUGCUUGCAAAUGUGCAAACCACAAGCACAACCUCUUCAACCGUGGGGUGCGGGGUCACUACGCAGAGAUCUGGUCGUGUGCUUGGCGAAAUGGGACCAAAUAAUGUUCUGUCACCAAGCUGGUUUACGCGCUCGAAAAAUCAUGAAAACGCCAACGGCGAUUACGUCACAAUAA